UUCAAAACAUUUAGAGAUUAUUGUCGUUUACCUUAGCGACGUUUCCGGUGUAUUCCAUUUAAUCUUACGCGGUAAUUUUCAUAAAUGUAAAGGGGUUUAUACAAUGAUACAGGUUCUGUCUUGACACCAACUUAAUAAAACUCCAAAAUGGUGCUAUCCGACAUGCCGUUUGAGCGCAGUAAGCUCAUUCACAGUCGGUACAGUAUGUUACGAAGACCCGAUAGUGCUCCCCUUCCAACAGAAUUAGAUGCCAGGGACAAACAAAGCAAGGAAUAUGCAGCAUUUCUUAAAGAACAGGAAAGAAAAGUAGGCCCAGAGGGAUUCCUGGAUUCAAAUAAACUAAGUCAUACUUUCUAUGUGAAGAAAGAGAAGGAUAAACAAAAAGUGUUGCCAGAAAAGAGUAAACCAACCAUUGUUAAACUUUCUACACAAAUAGAACAAGACAAGAAAGAACAUAGCAAAAGAAUUAAAGUCAUAGAGACGAGUUUACAAGCACUCAAGGAUCAUAUGUGGCAACAUAAACAAGAAGAAAGAGAACUAAAGCGGUCAGAGGGAGACAUUAUUAAAAACCAAAGAUCUGUCAGACAUAUGCUUAGAGAUUAUGAAAAUGUUAUUAACAAGAAGAGAAUGGCAGAGGAGAAAAAGUUGAAUACAGGUUUAGAGAAGUACACAGUGUUACGUCGAGACUAUGUUCACCACUCACAUGAUCUUAGCAAGCAGAGAACUGAUAAGUCCAAAGUUGACACCCAAAGUUCUCAUGCCUUUGGUAGAAAAGUUUAUCUCAAAGCGUCUGAUUUAGCUCGUAAUUACAAGGCUAAGAUGAGUGAGAUGGAGUUGAAGCAAAUUGAGUUAAUGAGACUAAAUCAGGAAUUUGAGAGUAAAAUGAGACAAAAAGAGCAAGAACAAUAUAAGUUAAAACAGGAGCUUGCAGAAUUAGCUAUAGCAUUAAAUAUGGAAUCCCAAAAAGGAAGAAAACAGAAUUUUGAUAGCAAAAAAGAGAGAAAAAUGGAAAUGAGUAAUAGGAUAUCAGAGGAUGUUUCCGCUAAACAAUCUGUAGAAAAUAAACUUGCAAAGAGUGCAGGAGAUAACAUGUCAGCUGAAAUGACCAAACGUAAACUGAGUGCAGACCUGGCUCUCACCAAGGCACAUAUAGCUAUCAGACAGAGAGAUGAGCAGCGCCACCUAGCAGACACAAAGAUGAGAUUAGAGGAUAAUUCCACUGUUCAGAGACAAUUAAAUGAGGCAGCAUCAUAUGCUGAAAUGGAUCUCACAAAUAAAAAGAUGCAACAAAAUAUUGAGGCCCACAAUGUUAGAAGGAUGACAUUAAGGAACAGUAAUAUGAAACAGAAGAAAUUGACGGAGGAGGCUAAGCAGAAGAUUUGGGAGGAGAGAUUUAAAAAACGGGCAAGUGAGAAAGCCAGAUUAGAGCAUGAAGACUCCCUCAAAUUCUUCCAGAAAAUGGUUGCUAAGGGUGAGGACUAUGAGCAGAAUCUGUACAGUAAGGUGAGAAAUGCAGAAUAUACUCGUCAAAAACAAGAGCAGUCGGUUCGUAGAAUACAACAACAAUUAAAUGAAGUGAAAAGAAAGAACGCUGCUAUAGUAACUAAAGAACUUGCUGAAAGAAACAAACAGGAAGUUGAACUUGAACAACUUCUAUAUAAAGAAAAAGCAGAGCUUGAUAAGGCUCACGCUCAGAGAGAGGAGAGUUACUACACGUUACAGGUUCACCGACAUGCUCUAAAAGCAGACAAACAUAAUCUGUACGAGCAUGAUCGUGAACAUACGAGGCUCCAGCAGAUUGGCACAUUCUCAGAGAGAGGAGAGUUAUGUGAAGCUUCAGAAUCAUCGGCAAAUGUUAAAAUCGGACAAGCACAAUCUACAGGAGCAUGAACGUGAACAUGUUCGCCUUCAACGUGUUGCUAAUAAAACAGAAGCUUUGAUUGAUGUCUACUAAGUCAACAUAAUUUUAUAUAUAUGAAAACUUGCUAUUAAUGUGACUGUUUUAUAAGUUACUGAAAUGAAAAUAGUAGCCAGUCUUGAAAUCAAGCCUUUGCCUUUUGUCAGUGUAAAAUUGAUCACUUAAGAUCUUUGUUUUCUGAAAUAAUGCAUGGAAAAGGGCACCUGAUGUCUUCCUCCACCAGAAAACCUGGAAAUUCAUCAUAUGACCUAUACUGUGCUGGUGCAACAUAAAACCCAACCUCAGAAAAAAUAAAAAUAAAAAAUCUUUGUUUACCAAUUGUUUUUCUUUAUUGCAUCAAGGGAGAUAAGUGACUUGAAAGUGACAAGAUAUUGUACCUGGCUUGAAAUAUGGUUCUAUGUUAUAAGGAGAGAUCUUUUUAACGUUGACAAAUGGCUAUUUUAUGACUGGCUUGCUGUCUUAGUGGCAUUAUUAAAAUGACAUAAUCAGUAUGACAGGGAAACUCUCUUAAUUGUGGCAAAACUUUGUUUUAAAUUUCAACAUAAUGACAGGUGCUUGUUUUUUUAAUAUUUCUUAAUACAUAACACAGUCUAUCUCUUGUAAAAUGUGUUAAACAGAAUUGAGCCGUGUCACGAAAAACCAACAUAAUGGG